CUAUAUCGGAACUGUCACGGACGCUUGAAUUAUUCUUACACGUUUUUCGUGGUAAUAUUUUAUGCCAUGACAACAUUGUUUCCAUGAUGUUAUGCCAUAGACUUGCUGAAGAAUAAUUCAGCCUCACAGAAGAGCCCGUGCGUUCGACCAAUCGAAUUCACGAACCUAUAGCAUAACGUCUAGCAGAUGUUGACUUCCAGCUGUCAACUUCAACAUGACUAACUGAAACCACAAUACAAGGCGAACUGUGCAUCCCUCAAAAACUGUCUGCUGGACCAUCAGCAUUGUAUGCGUGUUUUUCCUAAAGUGAUUUCGCUUGUGCGAACAAUUUCAGGAUCAGCCAUGUCUAAACUGCGGCCCAUAGUGUUUAGUGGUCCCUCUGGAAGUGGUAAGAGCACCCUGCUUCAGAGACUCUUCAAAGAAUAUCCAGACAGCUUUGCAUUCAGCGUCUCACACACAACCAGAAAACCAAGACCUGGUGAACAGGAAGGUAAAGACUACUACUAUGUGGAGGUGCCAGUGUUUGAGAAGAUGGUACAGGAAGGUGGUUUCCUGGAGCAUGCACAGUUCUCGGGCAAUUGCUAUGGUACCAGCAAAAUGGCUGUAGAGAAAGUUCAAGCCUCUGGGAGGAUCUGCACCCUUGAUGUUGAGAUCAAUGGGGUGAAGAAUAUAAAGAAAACUGACUUAAACGCACGCUACAUAUUUGUACAACCACCUAGCCUAGAGUCUCUUGAGAAAAGGUUGCGAUGUCGAGGCACAGAGACAGAAGAGAGCCUAAAAAAACGUCUAGACACGGCAAACGAAGCACUGGAAUAUGCCAAACUACCCGGCUCCUACGAUCACAUCAUUAUCAACGAUGAUCUGGACGUAGCAUAUGAAAAACUCAAAGGCAUUUUAUCAACGGACAUCCAUGCUGUGAAGUGCAGUCAGUACAAGAAGGGAAUAUAAGCCCUCUGGCUUGGCUCUCUGGGCCCACAGUCUCCUUAGCAAUUUAUUAUUUAACUUUCUUUAAGUCAUGAAAAAUAUCGUGUUUAAAAGAAUCUUUUGACAUUCUUAUGUUUGAAAUCUCUCUUUUAACAUAUAAAUGUUUAAAAUAGGAUUUUUACAUGUUUAAAAUAGUUUUGGUAAUAUUUACAUGUUGAAAUAGUGUUCAAAAAAUAAAUGUAUAAUAUAUAUGUAUGUAUGUUGGGAAACUUUGAUUUUAUGCUGAGAUGUGUACCCUUUUGUUGACAUCAGGAUGCAGGAAUGGGUUCACAGGGGUUAACACACGGGAUGGACAGAAUGUAAACACACUGAUAAGAACGUUAUUUUUGCAAAUAUCUCAAGUUAUUGAAAUACAUUUUCAAAAAUCUUACAGUCAUUCUUGCAGUUUGUGCCUAUAACUUAAGAUUUAAGAAUAAUCUUUGAACACAUCUGAAAUCUGUGCCAAAAUGUCGCAUUGUAUGCAUCAUAACUGUGUAUAUGAAUACUUUACACAUCGAAUUUUGGGCUAAUAACACAGGCUUAUUAAAUUAAGUAUUUCUGAUGUAUUUCACAUUGCUAUUAUCAGCUCAAAAAAAAAAGAUUUGUAUGCACUUGUUGAAAUUCUUAUGAAAAAUUGUUUUUAAAGUUAUUUGAUAAAAUAAUCACUUAUUUUAACGGUGUGUUUACAUCCAUUAAUGCUUAAUUGUGAACUCCACAAAGUCUUGUCAUGAUCCUGCACCCUUUGCAUUUCACACUGAAUAUUUGGUUAGCAAUGAACAGAAGAACUUAAAGGUACCUGGUAUUCUUGUAAAGCUUUUUAUGCCCCCGGAUCGAUAGAUCGGGGGUAUAUUGUUUUUGUCCUAUCUGUCAUUCUGUCCAAAACUUUAACUUUGGUUAAAGUUUGAUACCUUUUGCAUGUGUAUCUCAUGGUGCUGCUCAUUUUGAGUGGUGAAAAGUCAAGGUCAAGAUCAUCCUUCAAGGUCAAAUAUCACUGUAUUUUUCUUUCCUAAAACUUUAACUUUCGUUAAAGUUUUAUCAUAAUAUUGAACACAGCAACUUCAUAUUUGGCAUGCAUGUGUAUCUCGUGGAGCUGCACAUUUUGAGUGGUGGAAGGUCAAGGUAAAAGGUCAAAAACUAUAUAUAAAAAAAUUCAUUUCUCCAUUCAAUCUCUUACUUACUUCUCGAGGAGCUGCACAUUUUGAGUGGUGAAAGGUCAACCUUCAAGGUCAAAAUAUAAAAAAUAUUAAUUUUCAUAACUUUUUUAAUAUUGAACUCAGCAACUUCAUAUUUGGCAUGCAUGUGUAUCUCAUGGAGCUGCACAAUUUGAGUGGUCAAAGGUCAAGGUCAUCCUUCAAGGUCAAAAUUAAAAAAAAAAACAUUUCUCCAUUCAAUCUCUGACUUCUCAUGGAGCUGCACAUUUUGAAUGGUGAAAGGUCAAGGUCAACCUUCAAGGUGAAAGAUCAAAAAAUAAAAAACAUAAAUUUUUAUAACUUUUUAUGCCCCCGGAUCGAAUGAUCGGGGGCAUAUUGCUUUUGGCCUGUCUGUCAUUCUGGCAUUCUGUCCCAAAACUUUAACCUUACAGUAAAGUUUUGCAAUAACUUUUGAAGUAUUGAACAUAGCAACUUGAUGUUUGGCAUGCAUGUGUUUCUCAUGGAGAUGCACAUUUUGAGUGGUUUAAGGUCAGGGUCAUCCUUCAAGGUCAAAGGUAAAAAAAGAAAAGUGGCGCAUUAGGGGGCAUUGUGUUUCUGACAAACACAUCUCUUGUUUAAUUCAUCCCCUGGUAGUUGUUAAGUUUCCAAGAAAACAACAACAGGAUGAAUAUUGCAGAAUAUAUUAAGAAUAGUAUCUAAUAAUGAGAUAGGCUUGAAAUUCAGAUUUUAAGGUCUUAAAAAUGAAGUUCAUAUUGGAUAAAAUAGUUACUUCAGAAUUAAAAUUUCUGUAAAAAUUAAAAAAAAUCAGGUCCUUUGAACGUUUCAAUAAACUGAUAUAUUUCUACUUUCCUUUAAAAAUAGACUAACAGUUUACUGCCUUAUUCCUGUGUAAUAUCAAGUGAAGCUUAGAAUAAAGUAACGGUCAAGCUUGCCGAGUCUGAUAUUUCAUAAAUGAAAGUGCAUAAUUUUGGCCUGUUUUUCUGUUUCCCAUACCUCUACAUCGCUAUUUUAAACACUUAAUAAAAUAUGAAUGAUGUGACUGAAUGUUCGCAUGAAUAAAUAUAUGCCGGGCUCUGUGAAAAGGGGGUUAAAUGCAUGUGUGUAAAGGGUUUAACCAGUCUGCACAGGCUAAUCAUGGACGACACUUUACGCCAAAACUUGAUUUUUGCUAAGACGAGACUUUCUUUACAAAAAAAACAACUUCAAAGCGGAAAGUGUUGUCCCUGAUAAGCUUGUGCAGACCAAACAUAUGCAAAUCUGGGACAACACUUUACACACAUGCAUUAAACCCUUUUUUCACAGAGCACUGCCCUUACACUGUAUUCAGAGGCGUCAAAGUUCAGGAUUAUUCCUGAAAUCAGGAUUUUGGCCCUUAAGGAUUAAUUUUGAUAUUGAUAUAAAUCAGAGGAUUUUUUUCUGUAUUUUAAGAUUAUUGUCACAAAAUGUCAUCUUAAACACAAAUUUUUUUACUUUGACAUAUUGUUUACAAAGUUAUAUACAAUAGUAAACAAAGUUACAUGAAUUAUUAACCCUUUUUUGCUCUGGUCCCAAAACGAUAGGCUUAUUUUCAGGAUUUUAGAUUUUGGCUAAUUGACACCCCUGUGUAUUACAUUUUACAUGUCAAUAAUAAUAACAUGAUCAUGAGCACUCUAACUUUAUAAAAAACCUUUGAUGCUGUUUUUGAGCGUUUUGUUUAAAGUGUGCAUGUAUUAACUUGUGUUAUUAAAUAGUUUAUUAUGUUUAAUCCGAUUCAUUUCUACAGGUAAUUUUUUCACAGCAUGAUUACAGAAAAUAAGAUAUUGUUUAGCUCAGGAAUGUCAAGUCAUCUGUAGGUACAUGGUAAACAUUCGCUGUUUAGCUUAUGCUUUCAAUGAUUCACUUCUAUUAGAAUUUCUAUUCACACAGUAAGUUGUCUUUCUGCAUAUUUUGUAGUUUCUUUAUUGUAUUAGCGCUUUAUACAAACUUAAUCAAUAUUAUACACUUUAUUAAUAUUAUAUAUUAUCUUGGGUAUUAUUUGUAUUAGUGUUAUACAUGUUGGGGUUUUGCAUUAUUUACACUAUUAUUAUUUCUGUUAUUUUGAUUAUUAUUUGUACAUUGAUAUGAUACAAGUUUCAGAUUCUUAAUUCCAUGUCAUGACAAAGUAUGGUUUAUAAAUUAAAACAAGAUUGGUUAUUAAUUCUAUUGGUGAAAGCUGUAUGACCGAACUUUGUUAAUGGAAUUUUGACUGCUACCAGUUUGUCUCAAUUAUGACCAUUAGUUAUUUUGUCCACUGUAUGUCACCUUUACUUCAUCGAUUUUUGUACGUUGUUUUAUAUUGUUUUUUGAUGCAGAUCAUUCCGAUAUAUGAGACGCGUUCUGAGAAAACUGGGCAUAAUGCAUGUACAUGUACGUAAAGUGUCGUCCCAGAUUAGCCUCACAUGCAUUAAGCCCAGUUUUCUCAGAACAAGGCUCAUAUAAUUAUAUAAGCAUCAUUUUACAUAGUUGAUAAUGUCGAUACAUUUUGUUGAUAGGUUGUUUUAUUAAUUUAAGAUUAUGUAACAGAUCAUUAACAUACAAUGAAAAAACGUUUCUAGUUGGCUCAGUUUAAUGCUUUCAAGUGUCAAUUUUUUAACAUUGACAAUCACGAUUAAAUGCGAUUAAAUGUUCAUGUUUUUAUUUUAAAAUCUUCAGAAAAUCAAUGUAAUUUAGUCUCUUUGUUGCUUCAUACAAAUGUAUCUGGAAAAAAAAAGCAAAAUACUUGUAUUCAUUUUGCACAAUUACAUGCAAUUUAAAUGUUUUGCACAAAUUUAGUUAGCAUUUUAAAAUUAAAUAAUAUAUAUUGCAAAUCUGUAGUACAUGUAGUUUUAUGGCUGAAUAAAUUUUACUGGAAAAGA